AUGGAAGCGGUCUCCGGCAAUGGUCGUUACAAUUGGGCCAAAGAAGUGAAGGAAUUCGACGAAACCAAAACCGGCGUGAAAGGACUCGUAGACGCCGGCGUGGUGAGGAUCCCAAGAUUCUUCGUCCACCCACCUGAGAGUAUUCACAGUCCAUCGCCACCCAAUAACAUUAGUGGUGUUGAACUAGAGCUCCCCACGAUAGACUUCCGAGGCGUCGAGAAUGGUGGUGGUCGGAGAAAGGAGGUUGUGGAAGGGAUUCGACAGGCGGCCUCAACGUGGGGCUUCUUUCAGAUGGUGAAUCAUGGAGUUCCAAUGAGCAAGAUGGAGGCCCUAUUAGAACGUGUCCGGCGAUUCCACGAGCAACCGGUGGAGGUGAAGAAGGAGUUCUAUUCCUCUGAUAGUAAGCAGAGAGUGAGGUUUACCAGCAAUGUUACUGAACUUGAUGUUGCAUCAUGCUGGAGGGAUUUGUUAACUUGUGCUUUUUAUGAUGAUACAUUGGACUCUGAAGCUAUUCCUCUGGUUUGCAGAAAAGAAGUGCAAGAGUAUGUGGAAUGCAUGAUCAAACUGAGGGAGACAAUGUCCGAAUUACUAUCAGAGGCUUUAGGGCUAAGCAGUGACUUCCUUUCUCGCAUAGAAUGCAUGAAAAGUGAAAUAUUGGCAUGCCUUUAUUAUCCAAUUUGUCCUGAGCCAGACCUGACCUUGGGCACCACCAGGCAUUCAGACACCUUUUUUCUAACUCUACUCUUGCAAGACAACGUUGGUGGUCUACAAGUUUUUCAUCAAAAUCAGUGGAUUGACGUGGCUCCUGUCCCUGGAGCUAUAAUAGCAAACAUUGGAGAUCUCAUGCAGAUUAUUAGCAAUGAUAAGUUCAAAAGUGUGGAGCAUAGGGUGUUGGCUCAGCCUGUGGGACCAAGGAUAUCAGUUGCAUGUUUCUUCAGUGCAAGUGGUAGGGCUGCUGUUGCAUCUAAGCCUUUCGGACCCAUAAAAGAGGUUCUGUCCGAAGACGAACCGCCUAUAUACAGAGAGUUCAUUUGCAGGGAAUACCAACAAUAUUCCAAGACCAAGGGAGCAGAUGUUACCUCAGUCCUCCCUCACUAUAAGCUCUGA